AUGGCUGAGGAUGUGCCAAGGGAGCAUGCAUCACCACCAGGCAGUCCCAAUCUGAAUCCCGAUCUGAUGAGUAUUUUGAUCAAAUUCAGACUGCAUGAAAUUGCAUAUAUGGCAGAUAUCAAGAAAGCAUUUCUACAGAUAUCACUCUCAGAAAGAGAUCGGGACGCUGUAAGAUUUCUGUGGUUCACUGGACCACCAACAGAGGAGAAGGAUGUGACGCUGCGCUUGCUCAGAAUGACGAGAGUGGUGUUUGGAGCUUCGUCAAGCCCAUUCUUACUUGCAGCCACCAUAAGGAAGCAUUUAAGACAGUACGAGCUCGAACACCCGCAAGUGGUAGAAGCCCUCAGCUCCUCACUCUACGUAGAUGAUUACAUUUCAAGUGCAAGGGGCUGCUUUGAUAUUCUGAAAGAAAGAGAAAACACAAAACGAAGUGUUCUGCAGUCUUCUGCUCGUAUUUUUGACCCUUUAGGAUUCCUGACUCCUUUCACCAUCAGGAUUAAGUGCUUGUUCCAAGAGAUGUGGGAGAGAGGGAUCAAGUGGGAUGAGAAAUUGCCACUUGAUCUGACGAAGAAAUGGCAACAGUGGUGCUCUGAGCUCCCUCAACUGCAUCAGCUCUCAAUCCCACGAUGGUACCGAACACACAUACCACGGCAGGACGGCCAAGUGUUGAGGCUACAUGUGUUCUGUGACUCGAGUGAAAGGGCGUACAGUGCAGUCGCUUAUCUUCAAGGAGAAACAAAAGAAGGAGAAGUGACCGCAAGCCUGGUUGCAUCUAAGUCCAGAGUGGCUCCACUCAAAAGGAUGACACUGCCACGCCUGGAGCUAAUGGGUGCUGUAAUAGCAGCCAGGCUGGGGAACACCCUCAUGAAAGCAUUGCAACUAGACAAGACGCAACUCAGACUAUGGACAGACUCAAUGAUAGUGCUGCAUUGGAUUUGUGGUUCUGCUCAUAAGUGGAAACAGUUUGUAGCAAAUAGAGUCACGGAAAUCCAGUCUCUAACUGAUCCACAGUCAUGGUCUCACUGCAAAGGGAAAAUAAAUCCAGCUGAUCUUCCCACCAGAGGUCUAACUGUGCAGGACCUGAAGCAGAGCACAUUGUGGUGGAAUGGUCCUUGUGUUCCGAUGUCAACUGAUCAGUUAGAGAGCACUCAGGAAGAUGUUCAAGAGGAUGAGGUAAAGUCUGAACUCAGAUUCAAAUACCAGAUUGCUGUACAGCUUGUUAAGCAAGACCAAGACUUCUUAAGCCCUGUUUUAUGUCUGGAGAAGUACAGCAAACUAAAAACAGUGCUCCGGGUAACAGCCUGGAUAAAGAGGUUUAUCACCAACACCCGCUCAAGCAUAAACAUCAGUGGUGAACUGACGGCAGAAGAGCUGAAUGAAGCAAAUAAAAACUGGAUAAAGGUGAUUCAGAACCAGAGUUUCAGCUCUGAAAUUGAUCUGCUGAAAGCAGGGAAAUGUCCCAACACUGACUCCAGAAUCCGAGAGCUAAAACCAUUUCUGGACGAGGAUGAGCUGCUCAGUGUGGGAGGAAGGCUCCAGCAUUCUGAUCUCUCUUACAGAGAAAAGCACCCAUGGAUUUUGCCCAACAAUCACCGAUACACAGAAAUGUUGGUGCAGUAUGAACAUGAGAAGAUAAUGCACGCAGGUGUACGAGACACUUUAGUACAGACAAGAGAGAAGUAUUGGAUUUUGAGGGCACGACAGGUAGUGAAGAAGGUUGUGUCCAGAUGUGUAAUCUGCAAGAAAUUUAAAGCAAAGGCUGGACAGCAGACUACCGCGCCACUGCCAAGAGAUAGGAUACAGGAGUCACCGCCAUUUGAGAUCACUGGUGUGGACUUCGCAGGGCCACUCUAUGUCAAGACACAGAACGUUAUGACAAAGGCGUAUAUAGCACUGUUUAGUUGCGCUGUAACAAGAGCAGUGCACUUAGAGCUGGUCUCAGAUAUGUCCACAGAGAACUUCCUGUUAGCGUUGAAAAGAUUCAUCUCAAGAAGAGGAUUAUGCAAGGUGAUGUAUUCAGAUAAUGCCAAGACGUUCAAGAGAGCUGAUCAAGAUUUGAAGGAGCUCUGGAAAGGCAUUAAAGAUCCACGGCUACAGGAGUUCUUCUCAGAGAAAGGCAUCACCUGGAGGUUCAUCGCUGAAAGAGCAGCCUGGUGGGGCGGAUUCUGGGAGCGGCUGGUUAGGUCAGUCAAGGUUAUUCUCAGAAAGGUGCUAGGCAGAGCUAAACUCAACUUUGAAGAAAUGUGCACCAUUCUGACUGAAGCUGAAGCCAUAAUAAACUCGAGGCCGCUCACUUAUGUGCACAAUGAGGUGGAUGAGCCAGAGCCACUGACACCUGCUCAUUUCUUGGUGGGUCAGAGACUGACCUGCUUGCCUCCUAAGCCAUGUGUAGUUGAGACUAACCAUCCAACAGCGAACAAGGAGGAGAUGAACAGAAGGUGGCGUUACAGGCAAAGACUUAUGAAUAACAUCUGGAACCGAUGGCGGAGAGAGUAUUUGCUGAAUCUGAAGUCGGCUCAUCGCUGUGACACCCCACAAUCUUCUUUGCUGAAAGUCGGAGAUGUUGCGCUCAUCGGAGAAGAUAAUACCCCAAGACAGAGCUGGAGGCUGGGAAGAAUUGAGGAACUGUUUCCAGGUCGUGAUGGCCUUGUGAGGUCAUGUGCAGUUCGCACAAGUUCAGGGACUGUUCUGCGGAGACCCAUCCAGCUUUUGUAUCCUUUGGAAAUCAUAUAA